UUGUAGUGUGCGCAGUCCCCCUGGUUUUGAACCGCCCACUGUGUCAUAGAGAUACAGGUGGCGUAUUCCACGCAGUUCCCAAAGAAGCGAACAAUACUUACUUUUUAUUAAUUAAAAAGGAGGAAGGUGUACUGAACUCACCUCCAUAACACCGUUGAACUUGUACUCUGAAAUUCCAACUCCAAUGGCAGAUUCUGUUUUUGCUCAUGUUGUUCGUGCUCCUGAAGAUCCCAUCUUAGGGGUGACAGUUGCUUAUAACAAUGAUAGCAGCCCAGUCAAAGUGAAUUUGGGUGUUGGCGCAUAUCGAACUGAGGAAGGAAAACCUCUUGUUCUUAAUGUGGUGAGACGAGCUGAACAAAUGCUUGUCAAUGACACGUCUCGUGUGAAGGAAUAUCUCUCAAUUACUGGAAUAGCCGAUUUUAACAAAUUGAGUGCCAAGCUCAUAUUUGGUGCUGACAGCCCUGCCAUUAAAGAGAAUAGGGUGACCACUGUUCAGUGUUUGUCGGGCACUGGUUCUCUGAGGGUUGGUGCUGAGUUUCUGGCCAGGCAUUAUCAUGAACAUACUAUAUAUAUACCACAGCCAACAUGGGGAAACCAUCCUAAGAUUUUCACUUUAGCUGGGCUUUCAGUAAAAUAUUAUCGUUACUAUGACCCAGCAACGCGAGGCCUGGAUUUUCAAGGAUUAUUGGAUGAUCUUACUGCUGCACCCGUUGGUGCAAUAGUUCUUCUCCAUGCUUGUGCUCAUAACCCAACUGGCGUUGAUCCAACAAUUGACCAGUGGGAGAAAAUCAGGCAGUUGAUGAGGUCCAAGGGGUUGUUACCUUUCUUUGACAGUGCUUAUCAGGGUUUUGCCAGUGGCAAACUAGAUGCAGAUGCACAAUCUGUCCGCAUGUUUGUGGCUGAUGGUGGUGAAUGUCUUGCAGCUCAGAGUUAUGCCAAAAACAUGGGACUGUAUGGAGAGCGUGUCGGUGCCCUUAGCAUUGUUUGCAAAGAUAGCGAUGUUGCAAGCAAAGUCGAAAGCCAGCUAAAGAUGGUUAUAAGGCCAAUGUACUCAAAUCCGCCGAUUCAUGGUGCGUCUAUUGUUGCCACUAUACUCAAGGACAGACAAAUGUAUGAUGAAUGGACUGUUGAGCUGAAAGCAAUGGCUGACAGAAUUAUUAGCAUGCGCCAGCAACUCUAUGCUGCCAUGCAAGCUCGAGGUACUCCAGGUGAUUGGAGUCAUAUCAUCAAGCAAAUUGGGAUGUUUACUUUCACAGGAUUGAAUGCUGAGCAAGUCUCAUUCAUGACUAGCGAGUAUCACAUUUACAUGACAUCUGAUGGGAGAAUUAGCAUGGCAGGUCUUAGUUCUCGGACAGUUCCUCAUCUUGCUGAUGCCAUGCAUGCUGCUAUUACUAGGGUGGCCUAGACUAGUUGCAUUCAAGAGCAGUUUAACUGAAGAUAUUAAAUCUACUUCAAAUGAUCGCGUCCUUAUCCUUUGAUGCUAAAUAAGACUAAUGUGUCUAUGUGGACAUAAUGUUUCGGAAUUUCAUUCUAAAGGAAUUUGAUGAGGUCUUCUGCGCAGGCGAAAUGUCAUGAAUUUCUUAUUUUCUUGCACAUGUUUGUUGAUUGAUGAAUUAGAAAUAUUGGACUCACAUACUUGGGAAAAUAAUAAUAAUCCUAGGUUGCUUGCUAUUAUGAAUGAUUUUUCUAC